UCAUGUGUUAGAUUUACAAGCAAGACUCGCUGCACUGACUCUACAUGUAACAUUAGAAGACGAAGUGGGCAUCGUGCAGAUGGCGGCGGCCGCUCGCUACAUGGCGGAGAGCGGGAAAGGGGAAGUCACUCUUUUAAAUUUAACAUGGCGGGCACGACGUUCACAAAUCCUUCACAGCUACUUCCACUCGAGUUGGUUGACAAGUGCAUUGGAUCAAAACUCCACAUUAUUAUGAAAAAUGACAAAGAGAUUGUUGGCACACUGCUUGGUUUUGAUGACUAUGUCAACAUGGUGUUGGAAGAUGUAACAGAAUAUGAGAGUACACCAGAAGGAAGGCGAGUUACAAAGCUGGACAAGCUUUUGUUAAAUGGAAACAACAUUACGAUGCUUGUGCCUGGAGGUGAGGGCCCAGAGAUGCCUUGAGGAGCAUAUUUUUUCACUUCAUUACAGUCAUCCAGUAUUCAUCUUCCUCAUCGUUCUGAACAUGAUAUUGUGGAAGUAAAUAAAUUGUAUUAUUUUGCACGAUGAAAAACAAAGACAUCAAUUUUUUAAGAACUUUAUUGUUUGGAAUAUCAAGAGAAAGUGUCCCAAUAACAAGUUGGCUUGAUAAUGUGAGUAAAUUCUUAAGCACAGUACUUCAUUCAUCUGGUGUUAACCUUAAUAUUGCAUUUUGAAAAUGAAGUUUUGUUUGACUGUCGUGCUUAGCUUGGUUUACUUGAGAGGCUGCUCCUUAUGAAAGUGAAGCACGGGAAAUGAAGUUUAUUAUGCAAGAAUACUGUCCAGAGCAUUUCAGUUUAUUAAUGUAAUAAACUUGUUUAU